AUGCCACAACAUGCAUCAGGACCUACUCCGGGGCAACAGUAUCCAAACACUUCCAAUAUUCAUUUCCUCUCUCAUCAAUACAAAAUUACCACAUGCUCGGCUCCGCCUUCUAUUCAUGCUUUUGCAGCCCUACUCCUGUCUGAAGCUCCUGCUUUUGAUGUCAAUCCAACGGUUGUGAUUCUUCACUCUACAAGCGACUCUGUAUUGAAUGUUUUUAGCGAUCAGCAUCACGCUCCCGAACUCACAUUUAAGUCGACUGCAACUACUCAAAUAAUUCAAGAAGGUUCGGGAAGUCUGGAAGGAAAGAAGAAUGAGGAAGAUGCAUCUGCCAUUGCAGUUGGACAACAGCAACACACACAGAUCGGAGGGAGAUUGAGAGAGAAGGGAAAAAGAGUAAGAGAAAGAGAGAGAGAAGCAGCGAGAGAAAGCGAGAGAGAGCAGAGAACCGCGAGAGAGAGAAAAAGAGGAGAGAGAUCGAACAAGAGACGAUUCAGGGCGGAGGAGAGCAACACCGCCACUGUUAAGCUCGCCGGAGCUCCGGCGACGCUACAACAGUGA